CGGAUAUAUAAUACUAUAAUUAAUUGUGAUAUCAAUGUCCAAAGACAGUGAAAGACAUUGCACUAUGAAUUUCCCAUCGACGUGUUUGGUUGCCGAGAAAAUAUCGUAGAAUGGAAUCUCAUAAAAGGUCGAAGCAACGAGAAAAAACUGUGACAAACCGUCGGAUCUACGGAUCACAUACGCACGCAAAAUCAUUUUCACAUCUCAUGCUGUGUUGAGUGUCCGUUUCGCGGGCGGCUCGAUCCGAAUCAAAUUCAACUCUCUGUACAAUUAGGGCAUUGAUUGAUUGAUUUCAGUGCUACUCCACCUGUUUAUUGCUGCUUUACGAUCUCACCAGUCCUUUGAUUGAAACUUAUACACACAGACUUGUUGUAUUAUUUGUAUGUAUAUAUCAUACAAACACGCACAUGUAUAGAAAUGUCAGGAGUUGAAUACGGCGAUCGCGACCUACUGUUGCGGUCGAAUUCGUCCGGUUCAGAUGCCGAUUUGGAAAGCCAACAAGGAUCUCACAGGAGCAGUAAAAAAAGAGGCGUCUCAGAUCUGCUCAAGCGGUUGGAUCGAGGGUUUACGGGGCGCCGGCUCGGCCCCAAGCGGUCGGAUAGGGAUCAUUCCCCCGCCGUAAAUCACGCCGCCAGCGGCAGCGGCGGCGGCGGCGGCGGUGUUGGUGUUGGGAGCGAUGAUAUUCUCGCCGAUAGCGCGCCGCCGGAGUGGGCGUUGCUGCUUAUUGGCUGCCUUCUUGGUCUCGCUACUGGUCUCUGUGUUGCCGCCUUCAACCGUGGAGUGCAUGUAAUACAUGAAUGGGCUUGGGCUGGUACGCCAAAUGAAGGUGCUGCUUGGCUUCGCAUACAGAGGCUGGCUGAUACUUGGCAUCGGAUACUUUUAAUACCAGUUGCAGGAGGAGUUGUAGUUGGAAUGAUGCAUGGUUUGCUUGAAAUAUUAGACCAAAUAAUGCAGUCCAGUUCUUCUCAAGGACAAGGGUUUGAUUUGCUUGCUGGAGUUUUCCCCACUAUGAAAGCCAUCCAGGCUGCUGUUACAUUAGGUACUGGUUGUUCAUUGGGACCCGAGGGCCCUAGUGUAGAUAUUGGAAAAUCAUGUGCAAAUGGAUGCUCCCUGAUGAUGGAAAACAAUAGGGAAAGGAGAAUAGCUCUUCUCGCGGCUGGUGCAGCUGCUGGGAUAGCUGCAGGUUUCAAUGCAGCAGUGGCUGGUUGUUUCUUCGCCAUUGAAACUGUUUUAAGGCCUCUGUGUGCAGAAAAUUCUCCUCCAUUCACAACUGCCAUGAUAAUAUUAGCAUCUGUUAUUUCAUCUACUGUAUCAAAUGUUGUACUUGGAGAGAAACAGGCUUUCACAGUGCCCACGUACGAUUUGAAAUCUGCUGCUGAACUACCUCUAUACCUGAUAUUGGGUAUGCUAUGUGGGGUUGUAAGUGUAAUAUUCACUCGCUUAGUAAAUUGGUUCACUCAGGCGUUUGAGUUUAUGAAGGAAAGAUUUGGCAUACCUGCUGUUGCGUGCCCUGCUUUGGGGGGAUUAGGAGCAGGGAUCAUAGCUCUCAAAUAUCCGGGAAUACUGUACUGGGGAUUCACUAAUGUCGAUGAAAUCCUUCAUACUGGAAAGAGUGCUUCUGCACCUGGAAUCUGGCUCCUUGUUCAAUUAGCAGCUGCUAAAGUUGUUGCCACGGCUCUGUGCAAGGGAUCUGGGCUUGUGGGUGGGCUUUAUGCACCAAGUUUAAUGAUUGGUGCUGCUGUGGGUGCUGUAUUUGGUGGUUCGGCGGCUGAACUAAUCAAUUCAGCUAUUCCUGGAAAUGCUGCUGUUGCCCAGCCGCAAGCAUAUGCCCUGGUUGGAAUGGCUGCUACAUUAGCUUCAGUUUGUUCAGUGCCUUUGACAUCAGUUCUACUGCUGUUUGAGCUUACUAAAGAUUACAUGAUUUUGCUUCCUCUCAUGGGGGCUGUUGGAUUAGCGAUAUGGGUACCCUCUAUAACAAACCAGUCCAAGGAGACUGAAGCCUCUGAUACAAGGAACAUGACUAGAGGUUAUUCUGCUCUCUCACCAACUAAUGACAAAAAUGCGGGUAUUUGGAGACGGGUGGCUAAUGGGAAUGAGUUAGAACUGUCUGUUAUAGGAAAUGUUGAGAACCUUGAAGCAAUCGAUGAAGAUAUUAUCCUGGAAGAUCUAAAGGUUUCUCAUGCUAUGUCCAAGAACUAUGCUAAGGUUCCACCAAGUGUAACCUUGAGAGAGGCGAUAGAGUCUAUGUAUGACAACCAACAGCACUGUGUACUGGUGGUUGAUGCUGAAGGUUUCCUAGAAGGAAUUUUAACUUUUGGUGACAUCAAACGAUUUCUCUCGAGGAAGUUUGGUGAUGCUUUGGACAGUGAUUCAUCGCUUCACGAGGUAAAUACAUGCCUUGUUUCUUCAAUGUGCACUAGAGGGAUAAGCUAUCGUGGGAGAGAGCGUGGGCUUUUAACUUGUUAUCCAGAUACUGAUUUGGCAAUCGCAAAGAAGUUAAUGGAGGCCAAGGGAAUCAAGCAACUGCCUGUGGUCAAGCGUGGUGGAGGUUUCCAAAGAGAAAGAAGACGUAGAAUUGGUGCCAUUCUCUAUUAUGAUUCAAUCCUAUAUUGUCUCAGGGAGGAGAUAAAUCACAGAAAAUCAGUCCACCAGCAGAGAAAAGACGGCAAUAUUCACCAGAUGAUUGGAAAUGGCCACUAACAGGAUUAGGAAGUGGUUUUGAAACUCAAGUUUGGUUUUCUGCCAUCAUACAACCAAUCUUGAACUACCGACACGGUGGUAGCAAAGUAAAUAUUUUUCUUGAUAUGUGGAAUUCGUUAUAUUUUGCACACCACAUUUUGUACCAGGAGUUAACUCCAAAUUCACAAGUUAUCAGAGAUGCGUUUGGUUGGGAACAAAAGGAAAUACAUAUAUACUAUUAAGAAUCAAAAACUUGCAAGUGUACAUGCUUGGAAAAAUUCUGGGUGGUGUUGUGUUCUUGUAUUCCCUCUGAAAUUUUGUUUACUUCUUUCGUUGGCCCUGGCAGGCCUAAUAAGCUCUUGUAUAAUGAUUUUAGACUUGUAUAACAUGCAUGCUAGCAAUUUGAUUCUCAAUGGUUAUUGUA